AAACUGAAAUCUGAUAAAAAGCGUACUGAUUUAGUUUCAAAAUUCUAGAAACAGUGGCGUGUGUGAAAUUGCUCUCAAAAUUCAUUCCACGAUGUUUCAAAAGGAAAAUUAGAAACCGUUAACCAAAAGCAAAGAAAAGUACUUGGAAGAAAAAUAAUAAUAAUUGUCAAUAAACACAUUAAACACACGCGAUGUUCAACAAAACGACACCGUUUCAAAGACGCCGAUACCGACUAUGCUUGAGUGUCAACAACAUUGAUCACAUUCCACCGCCUUCAACGGAAAAAGUAAAGUACGCUCACGUCUCCUUUUUUUCCCUUCAACUAAUUUUCCGUUUUUUCAUCUAUUUAAAUACUACUUAUUUAUUCUCUUUUUCAAAUUAUUAUUAUAUUCAAUUCAAUUAUUCAUUAUUAUUCCAUCACCACCGCCAUUAUCAUCAUUCAAUUCAAUUAUCUGAUCUUGCUUCACAAAAUAGAAUCAUCCAAUUUCAAAUUUUAAAUUAAUUAAUUAAUAGCAUAAAACCGAGAUCGUUUUGUUAAAAUAGAAAACCAUGAAUUCGAUUCAUUUGAUUAACACUGUUACACUUGGUGCUCCGCAUCGAUUUCUUUUACCUCAAUGCGAUUCUUCGCUUUCUUCGUUUCCUUCUUCCGCCGUUCCAAAACAGCGGCGAUUUGUGAACUCCGGCGGAUUUCGUCUCGUCUCAGCCCAAACCGUUAAUUCGGCACCGGUACGCGCGAAUGGAACUUAUACAGUUUCUGAUUUCAUGACUAAGAAGAAAAAUUUGCAUGUUGUUAAAAUCACUACUUCUGUUGAGGAAGCUCUGGAGGCUCUUGUUAGUAACAGAAUCAGUGGUCUUCCUGUAAUCGACGACGAAUGGAAUCUGGUUGGAGUUGUUUCAGACUAUGACUUGUUAGCAAUUGAUACAAUAUCAGGUAGCAGUGAAGCAAACUUGUUCCCUGAUGUCGACAGUUCUUGGAAAACAUUCAAUGAGAUACAAAAGCUGCUCAGUAAGACCAAUGGCAAAGUUGUCGGUGACUUAAUGACUCCAAGUCCACUUUUUGUUCAUGAGUCCACCAGUCUGGAGGAUGCUGCCAGGCUGUUGCUUGAAACAAAAUAUCGUCGACUACCUGUGGUAGACAAAGAUGGAAAGCUGGUUGGUCUUAUUACAAGGGGAAAUAUUGUUAAGGCGGCUCUGCUGUCAAAGCGCUCUGCUGAGAGACUCGCAUAGUUUGACAAACAUAGUAUUCAAGUGCUCCAGUAUGUCAUGUAUGUAGUCAUAGUCAGGUGGAUAUUUUGACUAUUAAGAAUUCAUUUAUCAGCUCAAAAGGGGAGCUGAAGGCAACUCUUGAUGACCUUCUGAAACCUUCAAAGUGGGUGGCUAUUACUUGAUACCAUUGAGAGGAACGUGAUUUAUGAAUCACCUUCCUUGACAUUGUUUCUGUGUGUUGGGUUCUUUAGGGCUUAGUGACAUUAUAUCCAGUUAAUCUUUAUAUAGGCUCUGUUAAAUCUUGAUAGGUAUGGGAUUGUAAUGGAUAAUUUAAACUUAUAUUGUAAAUUGGUUAGCAUUUUAAUUUUUUAUAUGAUA